GGAAGUCAUCGUUCUCUGGUACAUCUCUCGUGCGCUUUGCAAAAGAAGGCAUCCAAUCGCUGUCCAAUCACAUUGCCAUGCUCAAGUAGUCAGAGUUUUUUCUUCGGUGAACGUUUUUAGUAUGAAUUUAAGAGUGGAUUUUGACGAUCCUCAACGCGGCGGUAUCGACUAAGGGGUAAAAGAAACGAAUCCAGUCCAUCAUUGAACUGUUUGAAUUGAUUCGUUGUGGUUUGUUGGAUUCGGUGAAAUUGUCAUCAUUACUSCCAAGCACAGGAACUCGCAACAAUAGACUGACCCAUUGGCGCACAUCGACAGACAUUAAACGGAUACAGCCUAACUAGUUGUGACACAAAGCAUAUCACACUGAGAGAUAAUUAACAGACUUACAAGUCACUGGGCCAAUAUACAUCGUCAUACCCACUACAUCACAGAGCUGUUUCUUUCAAGUACCUUGGCGUCUUUUGAUAGACAACUGCCUCUUCAAGCCAGUUAUAAUCGCAUGUAAUUCAGYUGGUUCUUCAGAAUCGCCUGCGACGCGACACUGGUAUCGUAGACGAGCUACAAAUCACUGUUCACUACAAGGAYGAUGGGAGGCUUUGGAGUCACCUCGGUUUGUCUGUACAUUUGGAUUUCAUUAGUUCUGCUGUGGAGCGAGCCAGUGGAGGGAAACUGCCGUGAAAUUGUGAGAUAUAUUACUCACACUAUGGGCAUCCAGUCGCGCAUUCGUCCUAACAUUCAAGGAGAGUGGACAUCACCACAGUGUGAAGUUCGUCCAGGACCCAAGUUUUUGACUCGUUAUAUUCGAGUGUUCCCAAACUCRUCGUGGGUCGGCCGAUUCCAUCAUUAUUCAGACGUUCAUUGUAGCAAACCAAGCUUUACAAUCUACAUCAAAGGUUAUCUCAAAAUGGGCAAAGAAUCGUCUCACUUAAAGGGAUCGACGAGCACCAAUUUCAAUUUCACAUUCGUCCAUCUUUACCCUCACACCCCACAAGUUGAAAGAGAACUUUUACGAGCAACGAGAAAGUCUUGUCAAAAAGCUUUACGUAAUAUCACUAACAGUGAUAGACUUAACAUUUACAAUGUCACUGACAUCAAAGCCUUUGGUCGACGUGCUUGUCGCAAGAAGUUUGGGCUGGCAAAGUUUGAGCUUGCUAUUGUAAAACUCGACAAGUUYAAAGGCAAAAGCAACAAGCAUGAUCUGUUGUACUUUGCAGAAGUCCCGAGUCCUUUCGGUAAACGGUGGUCCAGRACUGGUCGAGGAAGAUAUAUACCAAAAUCAUAUCAACUACCACUUAAAAGGUCUAACGCUCCAAACUGUACAUUUUGUAGUCAAGUCAAAAGAUCGACCCGAUCUAAGCCUCAUAUUUUCUUCAAGCAACGUCCUCGUAGCGUCAUGUUGGAUGAAGAAUGGGGAAGCACCACGUGUGAGACACGCCCAGGAAGCUUUCUCACUCGUUAUAUGGUUUUCAACAACAAGAAACAAUCGUUUGAAGGAUAUUUUCACUAUUAUAGCGAUCCUUACUGUAAGAAAAUUGACUUUAUGGUGCACGCCAAAGGCUUCUUCACAGGGGGGGUAAGAUCGACCAAGCUCAGAGACGGAGAGAACUUUGUUUUCACCGURAAUGAGGCCUCUAUUACUCCUUACAAGAAAAGUAGAACUAGGCAACUGAACUCCAUGUCCAGGAACAACGAAUGUGGUAAAGAUGGAGAAUGGCAAACAGGUGUUGCGGCGGAUAUUACCAAGUCCAAGGGAUGUCGGAUUUACGGCAUUAACCUUCCACACACCGAGUACGAUUUGUUAAAAAUGGAAGAAAAUGAGAACAAAGUGCUACAACUUUACUUAGGUCAGCGUUUUAGUGAUGGAUCGAGCCCUGUUUCGCCACAAUUACGACCGACGUCUUACCAGAUACCAAUGGUGCAAUGCUCGACGUUUAAGUCUAUAAACUUUGUACCACCUACCCCAGAACCAACAUCGAAACCGUCUACACGGUAUCCGAGACCAAAGGCCAUAAAYCCYAUUCUUACUGUUCCAACACUUAAGAGGGACGACGAUAAAACCACGCCCAAACGAGGUGGUGGGACAAGUAAAGGUACCAAGGGAUCCAGUACCAAAGGUUCCACAGUAAAAGUAAAAGCCGUCGGUGGUGGUUCAAGAUUAAAGUCAGCAGCUCUACACAUUGUUGSUUUACUAGCAGUUGCAGCAAGAUUGUUAUAGAGAAAGUUAAUUAGUAUAUCAAGACGAAAGCACAACUAAGUGGAUUAAGAAAUCAGUUCAAAAACACCGUGUGAAACUGCACAGAAACGCGCCAAGAAAGGCGAAGAACAACGAAGCAAUAAACGUAGUUCAUAAAUUGAUAAUAUCCAGCUGUAGCAUCACAGCGGAUAACAGUUAAUUGAUAAGUAGACGAAUAAUUCACACAAUGAACCAGAGAYAUAAACGCUGAUUAAGCUCAGCAAGCUAGCAGUGUCUUUAGGUGUAAAAUAUAAACAGCACGAAAUCAUGAUUUUAAAAUGAUACGUUUUUAAUACAAAUAUGUAGAUAGUUUCUACUGUGGGGAUAGAUAUUGUACGACUGUAAAUAUAUCUAAUUAUUCUGCAGUAAAUAAAGCUCAUUGUAUAUGUUUU